AUGGAGAAGACCACUCUGCCAACCACUGCAAUCAAUCUUCUUCAAUUCCUCCUUCCGCUAAUAACUUCCCUCUCCCCGACCUACACCAACGUAAUCCACCUUGGCUGCUCCAACAGGUGCGGGGGCGUCGCCGUUCCGUACCCUUUCGCGAUCGGGGAUCCCAAAUGCGCAUUCUCCGACGCCUUCCUCCUCAAUUGCAGCAGCACCGCUCCGCCUCAACUUCUCCUCGGCAACAUCCCCGUCACCAACAUCUCCGUCGAGGAAGGCACCUUCUCCGUCGUCUUUCCCGCCGCCUACAGCUGCUACGGCCGGACCGGUUCUCCGAUGAAGGACUCCCGUGUAAGACGACCGCAUGUCAAUCUUGGGAGCAGACGACCCUUCCGAUUCUCCGACGUCCACAACAAACUCACGGCAUUCGGGUGCGGCGCCCAGGCCCUCAUAACCAACGAGGACGGCGGCUCCGGCUGCGUCUCCGUGUGCGGCACUGCCUCGAGUUUGCCGGUGGUCUGCCCCGGAAUCGGGUGCUGCCAGAGCCCGAUUCCCCAGGGGCUGAAGACGAUAGAGUUCGCAACGUCGAGCACUUCCAACCAUAGCGGCCGGGUUUCGGGGUCGUCGAAUCCUUGCUCUUACGCCUAUCUGGCGGACGACAGGUUUUCCGACUUCGGCGGCGUGAACCUGGCGGAGUUUCCCGAACGGAACCCGGGAAAUUCGAUCGCGGCGAUCGAGUGGGUGGUCGAGGAGAAGACAUGCGAGGCGGCGAUGUGGAAUUCGAGCACUUUCCCUUGCCGCAAGGACUCGGAUUGCGUUUACUCCAAGAAUGGAAAUGGUUACAGGUGCUCGUGCAAGCCUGGGUUCAGAGGAAACCCUUACUUUGGUUGCCAAGACAUUAAUGAAUGCGCUGAGCCAGAAAAAUACCCAUGCCGUGGAAGGUGCAAGAACACACAAGGGAGCUACUCUUGUAGUUGUCCAUUUUGGAUGCGUGGUGAUGGCAAAGAUUCUUGCCAAAGUCUCUUAAGUGUUAAGGACACUAUUGCAGUUUGUGGAGGCAUCAUCUCCUUCUUCACAAUCGUUCUUCUUGCCUUCAUCCUCCACAGACGGAGAGAGAGGGAGAAGAACUUCCUACUGAACGGUGAGAUGCUAUUAGAACACCAAAGAGUGAGAAUCUUCAAGGAAUCCGAGCUCUCCAAGGCCACCAAAAACUAUGACGCCUCCCACUUCCUCGGCAAAGGAGGAUUCGGCCACGUCUACAAAGGAAUCCUCCCCGACAACACCCUCGUCGCAAUCAAGAAACCCAACGGCUCCCUCGACCAGGCUCAGACCAUCAACCAAGAGUUCCAGCACGAGAUCGCCAUCGUUUCGCAGGUCAACCACAUCAACGUGGUCAAGGUGCUGGGACUCUGCCUCGAGACCAAGCUCCCGCUCUUGGUCUACGAGUUCAUCCCCAACGGCACCCUCUUUGACCACAUUCACAGACAGAGAUCUAGUAUAAUGUCUACAUGGCAAAACCGGCUGAGGAUCGCGGCGGAGAUUGCUCAAGCGCUCGAUUACUUGCACUCGCUGGCGAACCCGCCAAUCAUCCACGGAGAUAUCAAGUCAACCAACAUUCUCCUCGACGAGGGUUUCAGGGCCAAAGUUGCUGAUUUUGGCGCAUCUGUCCUAAUCUAUCCCGACCAGGCAACCGCCAUGGUUAAUAAGAUCCAGGGCACGUUGGGUUAUCUCGACCCCGAGUAUCUGGUGACGGGUAAUCUCACUCCGAUGAGCGAUGUCUACAGCUUUGGAGUGGUCAUGGUCGAGCUUCUGACAGGGGAGAAGCCUUACGCUGGGAACUUGGCGAGGACAGGGGAAACUGUUAACUUGAUUCAAUAUUUUUUGACCUCGACGGAGAAUAUGAAUUUGGGGAGGAUUAUAAAUUUUGCGGUAGUUCGAGAAGCGGAGAUGGACGAGAUUGAGGCAUUUGCUGAGGUGGCGCGGCGGUGCUUGAGUUUCAGCGGGAGGAAGCGGCCCACGAUGAACGAGGUGGCGGAGGAGCUUGGACGGUUGAGGAAGUUGAAUGAGUGUUCCUGCGGUGGUGAGUCUUGUAUGUCGCCUUUGACUGGGAUUUCUGAAGGUCGGGUAGGGACGACAGAGGAGCAGCCUCCGGCGAGCAUUGGUACUUUGGACAUGGAGUCAUAUGAGAUCGGCCGAUGAUGAAAGU